AUGGCACAAGUUCUUGGGGGCAGCUAGAGGAAUAUUAAUAAUUAGGUUUAAAAUUUUACAGCUUCUCAGCUAGCUACAAAGAAUUCAUAAAAAUAUUAAAGUGGUUAAUUUAACCAAGUUUAACAUUAUCAAUGUUAUGGUUAAGGUAGCAACUCACCAGGAAAAGCAAAUGUUGAUAAUUUAUAUGAUUAAAAUGUUGAGUAGCAGUCUAUAUAAGCUGGUAGCAGUCUCACAUUAGCUGUGAGCUAGCGAAAUAGCUAGAUUAGCAUUAGAGAUUAUUAAAAUUACGAUGACUCUUUAUCUAAAAAAUAAAGCAUUAAAAAAUAAAAUAUGAGUCCAUGGAGAAGAAAUAUUAAUAAUUAAAAAGUUAUAAUUGGCAGCAAAAAUGGGUUUUAUAUUAAUAAUGAUACUUCUACAAUAUCUAGUUCUUCAGCUCAAAAAUAAAAUUCUUAUUAAUAGUCGAUGUCACCAAAAAUCCAUAAAAUAACUUAACAAAGUUUAAAUUAGAAUGAACUUUAGUCACAGAAAGGAAGAAAUAGCAUGAAUAGUUCUUAUUUUCUUCAUGUAGAUACAUAGCAAAGCUAACAAGAUAAUAUGGCAUAUAUUUAAUCUAAAAACAACAAUCGAAAUAACAGCUAUCAGCAUCGUAACAGUAAUAAUUUUUAGUCUUCUUCUCCUUAACAAAGUCAGGCUACUUUAGCAAAUGAUUUGGUACAUUAUAGUAACUCAAAUAAAAAUUAGCAUAGAAAAAAUUAUUAGCAUCACAAUUAAAGGAAGGUAAUAAGUGCAAGCGAAGCUGAAAACAUGUUUAAUUAAGGUAAUUAUUCAGGAUAAACUGCUUUAAACGUUUAAUGUAAGUAAAAAAAAGAUCCAUAAACAGCACGUACAUCUUAAUAAUUGUCAAAUAAUCAAAAAAAGCUACGUUUGCACUCUUUGAAUGCUAAUAUUCAUCGUAUAUUCAAAGAAGAUAAAUUUUAGUAGUAAUCAAAUAGUUAAUUUACAAGUGAAUCAACAGAUUAAUCAUAAAAAAAAAUACCAACUCAAUAAAGAGACUAUCAAACAAGAGUAUCUCAAGAAAACUUAAGCAUAAAAGACUCAAAUAAUUCCAUGAAAAAUUAAAAUGAGAAUAUUGAUGAGACUGAUUAAGUCAAAAGUGCAUCUCAAUAAGCGAAAAACUUUUUAAAAGAAGAGGCUUUUGCCAACAAAAAAUAGGAAACAUGUGAAUAAAAAGGAUUAAAUUCAAGUUAAAUUACAGCUUGUGGUUCAGACUAAGAUAAUAUUUAAGGAAAGUUUACCUAAAAAGAGCCAAAUAAAGAUCAGAUUAUACAUUUAGAUAACUAAAAGGAAGAAGAGAAUGGAUAUACUAUAUAAAAUAACGAUGAAUAAAAAAAAAUUUAGUCAUAUACUGAAGAUACUCAUUUAUAAGGUGAAUAAUAGCUUGAUUCUUUAAAUAGAAAUUUAAAAGUAAAGGAAAAUAAAUAGUCUAAGGUACUUCAUACAGAACCAGAAAACGAAUCUAGGAGAUAAAAUAAAAUAAAAAAUAUCAGAUAUAGUUAAAAUAAGCAAUAAUAUGUUAAUUAGUAAUUAAAUACUCAAGAAGAUCAAAUCAAAAAUAAUAGAGCGUAAGCUGUAAGUACAUCUCCAAGAAGCCACUAUAAUUUUAAACAAAGAUCAAACACUUAAGCUUCAGAUAUUCCUCCAAAAAUAAACAUGGAAAUAAUAAAUGGUAAUUAGUAAUUGUCACCAAGAGAGAGUUAUUACGAAAGUCCAAUUUAUAUCAGUCAAACAUAAUUUGAGAGCUAGGAAAAUAUCGCUAGACAUGGAGGAAAUUCUAAUUAAUUUUAUUUUAUAAAUAACUCUCCUUUGCUGAAAUGCAAAGUAUCCUCUAGCAGGAAUGGAUAUAAAACAAGAAAAAAUGGGGCAAACACUGCUAUAAAGAAUUACAUAAAUAAUUCAUUGAUGAUAAAAUAAAACUAUUUGAAUAUAUAAUAGUAAAUUUAAGGAAAAUAGUGUAGAACUCAAGUUGAUAGCUCAUUUAGCUUAGUAAAUUAAGGUGAUAGCAAAAAGUCUCCUGCAUUAGUUUGUAAAAAUACAGAUAGAGAUAAUAAUAUUAGCUUACAAUAUUUUAGCAUCAACGAAGCAGAUUAGAUUUAAUAAUAUCAACACCAUCAGCCUUAUUAACAUAAUUUAGAUUAAAAGUUGCUAAGUAAAGAUAAAAUAUCAAAAUUUUAAGGAAAUGUUUUGGAUUCUGGUUUUAACAAUUAGAAAUCACCUCUAAAGGAAGUAGAAAACAAUUCUCAAAAUCGUAAUCUAGACUAAAAUUAAUCAACAAAAAAUAAAUUUGUCAAAUAAGACAUUCCAUAAAAUUAAAGAGGAAAAUCUUUCUAAUAAUAUUAGAGACAAUACGUUAAUAGUGAAAUCACUAAUAAUUCUUUUAAUAAUGGUGGAUAUAAUAAAAAGUAUAGUGUAGCUAAUACAAGUGUUGAUAAUAAACAAUAAAAAGUUAAGAUAAAAAGUAAAAUAUAUUCAACAAACUCUUCAAAUCAAUCUCUUAAUGCUUCUAUACUAGAAAAAUCCCAAAUAUAUGUUGAUAAAUACAAAAGUAAUUUACAAAAUGAUCUUUCUUUGAUUUAAAAAAUAGACAAAUAAAAGUAAGUAAGAGAAGGUGAUUUGUAUAAUGUGAGUUAUAACGAUAAAAAACAUGAAUAUGCACAAGAAAUCGACAAAAAAAUUUAAUAUUUAUCUCAUACUAAAAUAGAGUCAUCAGAUCUUAGGAGCAAUCAAUAAAAUCAGAAUUAUUCUCCUAAAAUAAGUUAAAGCUCAUAGUCUGGAAACUAUUAAAAUUAUCAUCCCCAAUCUUUAUCAAGUUAGAGCAAUAAUCCAUACAGCCCUAUAUUUAUAAGAGGAAAUACUCAAAUGAAUGAUUACAAUAAUAUCCAUACUUCGCUUUCAAAUGUAGUUUAAAAUGAAUAGACUAAUUAAUAAAACCAAUAAUAUAAAUUUUAAGCUGAAUAAGAUAAGAACAAUUUUAAGAAUGAAAUUUCUUAGUCAUAAAACAAUAUGAGAGAAAAUGACACACAAUUAAGCUAUAUCUGGAGAAAGCUAGCUUAUUAAAGGGAAAAAGGAAAGCUUAACUAAAGCAGCUUAGAAGAAGAAUUAGAAAAAAUUGAUUUAUUAACAAAGAAAAACGAGAAAGCUUUAAAUUAAUAUGUGUAAAUAAAAGAAGAUGCAAUCUAAAUGUCAUAAUUUUUAGAAUCACAUUUAAAUUAAAAAAGAGUAAGAAAUAAUAGUCAAGGUAAUAUUUGA